AUGGAGGCCAGCGAGAACGCGGGAUCGUGCGAGCGGCCCACCAGCGCCACGGAGCCCGGCAGUUCGCCCGGGCGGCAGCUGGACGAGACGGACAGGCAGAUCCUCGAGUGGGCGGGCAAGCUGGAGCUGGAGUCCGUGGACCUGCGCGAGAAGGCGGACGCGCUGCUGGGGCUGCUGCAGCAGCGCUGCAGCGAGGUCGCGGCGAGCCAGCAGGGUCUGGAGACGUGGAAGCAAACGGUGGGCGCGGAGCUGAGCGCGUUCAAGGCAGACGUGGUGCAGGCGCUCGAGGAGCAGCGCAAGGCCGUGGCCGGCGAGGUGCGGCGCGCGGCCGGCGCGCGCCGCACGCCCCCGCCCGACAUGGAGCGCUUCGCGGGGCGCAUCAUCAAGAGCUUCGAGACGCGGCAGCAGCGCUGGUUCAAGGAGUUCCAGGCAACGCAGGACGUGCUGUACAACGUCACCGUGCAGCUGGACCGCGCGACCGACGUGCUGGGCAGCGUGUCGCGCGACCUGCAGGCGCUGAGCGCGCGCCAGGCGCAGACGGAGGCCUUCCUGGCGCGCCACGUGCACGAGCUCGGCGGCAGCGUGCUGCCGUCGACGCCGCCGCCCAGCAUGGCGCCGCGCCAGCGCGCGUCGCCGCCGGGCCCCGCCGCGCGCACGCGCGACAAGGCGCACCAGACGCGCUAUCUCAUCCCCUGGGAGGACAUCUCGGACCAGGAACUAUAG